AUGAAAUUAGUCAAAAUUUAAGUAAUCAGAUGCCCAAAGCUUAUUUAAAAUUAAAUCAUUAACUAAAACAGAAAAUAGAUAACUAAUAUCUUCUAAGCAAUUAGGAUCGACUCUUCUCAAAAAGUGUUGUAGAAAAAGUUAUCAAAUCACUUAGAAGAGGAGAAUGAAAGUAACUAAAAAUUUCUAAUGAGGAGAAAAGUAGCCUGUUUAACUGUGAGUGCGGUUUCACCUCAAAUCAUAAAGAGAGUCACGGAACCCAUAUAUAUCAGAAACACAGUAAAAUAACGCCCAAGUCUAAUUAAUUUAGUAAGAGUGAUAAGCUGAAAGGGAGUUGUGGCUUAGAUAGUAGAACAUUUAACAGUAAUUCCACCUGAGAAGAAAACAGAUAUCAAAAAUAAUCAGCUUCUUUAUUAAUAGCAUCUAAUUGGUGACUAUUAUUAAAGAACCACACAUUAAUAAUAAUGCAAAUUAAAUUUAACAAAAAAGGAGAAAAAAUCUCCAUUCAAUUUAAACCCUUAAGCAAUUGACAAAAAUCUGAAUAUUUUCAGUUCGAAUAUAGUCUCCUUUAACAAUAAACUUCAAUUUGUUAAACAAAACACCCCCAAAUCAUUUAUCUUUAAGAAACAAGAUAAGUAAUGUAAUCAAGUCUUUUAUAUAAUUUCUUCAAAAAAUACAUAGAAGGGGACUUUACAUGUGCAUUCAUAAACAGUUCAUUAGCAGAGAUAUUUCUCAUGCAUUGAUUUUUUGAAUAUAGAAUUCAUCUUGCUACAAUGUAUAAAUCAUUUGAUCGAAAUGUUUUGUGCUUAAUUUAUAUUGGAAAAAACCUUAGGAGCUAAAUCAGAAUAAGGAGAAGAUCUAAAACUUUUACAUUAAUUGCAAGUAAGGAAAGCACAAUCAUUGUUUUUAAUAGUAGAUGAUGUUAACUCUACUAAUUUAUAAUUUUUUGGAAUUAACAGACAUAAUCGCUAAAUAACAAUGGACCUAUAUGAGAAUUAUCAAAAAUAAAAUAAGAAUAUCCCGAACGGAUCUGCUUCUCAUAAAUGACAAUUAAGAAUAUUCCUAUAAAUACUAUGUUAAUGAUAUAUUAUCUGAUCGUAUUUUAGUAUACUUUAAUUAAAUCUUGAACCUACAAGAAGUUUAGGGACUGAAUUAGAAAUUCUUUAGCCGAGUUUUGUGAUAAUAAUAAU